AUGACGUGUGAGUAUACGAGCAUUAGGGAAUAUGAAGCAUCUCUCAGAAGAAUACUCAACUUCAUCAACGAACAACCCCAGCCAAAGCAGAUACGGUAUUCGGCUUCCAAAAACGACAACGACGCCGAAUGCCUCCCCACAUUCAAGCAUUUCCACCGAUUUCUGUUGGGUGUACUUGCAGGAACAAUCGUUGGGUCACCUUUGAGAAUCGACGAAGCGGAAGGAUCGCGAUUCGAGACACGGGACAAGGCGAUGCGGAUUAUUUUAGGAAGAGACAUCGUGAAACAGCUGAACCAAGCCAGAGAGAAAGCUCAGCAGUAUCGAUGA